AUGCACAUGUACCUGCCAUACUUCGCCAGCCUGCUGUUGGUUAUAGUGCCAGGAGCUCUGGGUCAACAAUCUGUUGAUCCAAUCAGCAACCUUGUCUCUCAAGCCCUUUCUGUCGCUACCGAUGUGGUAUCUCUGCUGAGCGUACAAGCCACCGCCACAGCUUCACCUACAUCUACAUCUACGCCCACUACUACAUCCACAUCGUCGACUUCGUCACGAUCAUCCUCGGCCAGCCAAUCCUCCGUGACUACGACUAGUACUACCUCUAGUACUACGUCUUCCCAGAUCACCACUUCCACUCAAUCCGCAUCAGAUACGGCCGCUGCCGCCGCCGCUUCAUCAUCUGCUGCAAGUGCUAUUGCAGCUACCAACGCUCAAAACUCUAAAAAUCGAACGAUAGCAAUCGCGCUGGGAGUCGUACUCGGUCUACUCGCUCUCGCCAUAUUGACCGGGCUGCUCCUUUUCUGCUUGCGGCGCCGUCGUCGCCAACGCGCCCAAGGCUCAAGGAGAUCAUUUUCAUCCGAAGAUGUCGGCGGGGCAACUUGGGGGAAAGAACCUCUAAGCAACUCAAGCACAGUGGAGCAUAAUUCGCCAAACCGUCUGUCGACACAUGAGCACAAUCAUACACCAAUCCAUGCUGGAGCACCUCGUAUGACUGAAAACGCGUUGCACAGACACGGUGGAAAUAGCGCUCUUGGCAAUGACCGACCAGUUCCUCGUCGUGGUGCGCCAGAUUUUCAACCAGGUAUCACGGGAGGAGCCCCGGCUGUUCAAGGCGCACACCAUUCCAGUCAGAGUCAUAUUCCUCUCAGCUCGCACUCUCCAUCAGGCGCAGCAGCGGCGGGCUUCGGAGGAGCAGCCUUGGGGGCGUUAGCCGCUAAUCAUCACCACGACAGCCACGAAGAUCGAGGGUUUGGGCAACAUCACAACGAUGAUCGAGGCAUCUCGCGGAAGACUGUAGGGGCGGCGUUUGCUCAUGGCACAAGCGACCACUCACCAAGGAUGGGCAUGGGGAAAGAUGCUGCGCCAGGAUAUCAAGCAGGUCAUUCCAUAUCGCCUCAAGGAAAGAUGGCAAACUCUUCCCAGCCUGUUAGGACGACCGACAGUACCAGCCCCAGUUCUGCCAUCAGCAACGGCAAUCCACCUGCCUACAAUGGCACAGAUCCGAAUGGGGUCUCUCACGCUCUAUCCUCCCAUCCUCCCUUUGCAGAUACACACAGACAUAGCACUGGCCAUGAUGCCGCUGUAACUGGUGCCGCCGGUGUUGGUGCUGGAGCUCUGGCAGGCGCAGCCCUCGCCAAUCAUCACAAUGGGGAUCAAGACCACCCAGGCUCAUCCCUGACCGGCCGGCGUAGCUGGGAUCAUAACCGACAGCCUCGGCAUCCUCAAUCAAUCCUCGCAAAUCCGGCCAACAGAAGAAGUUUCGGCUCAACAAACCCAUACGUGCAACCUCGAGACCCACGAAGAGCGAGGUUUAGCGAUGACGUGGUAGAUGGGGAAAGUGCCGCACAUGACGGAAAUGGAAGAUAUCAGGACGACCUACCCCAGAACAGUCCAUACCCCAAAAUGGAGCAAACUCACAGUCCACAACAAUCCAUCAGCUCCGAAGCAUGGGAUCAUGCCACGAAUGGAAGUCCCAACGCCAACCACAUGCCCGGCGGUUGGCGCGGCAGCGGAGAUUUCACUCGUGGCAACGGAAGUGGAGAGUUCAACCGUCCUAUCAGCAACCGGACAAGCGGAGAAUUCAAUCGACCCGGCAACCGGCCCAGCUAUGGUAAUGAUGCCUCCAUCCCCCCGGUUCCAAACAUGCCGACUUCGCCACCAACAGACUCCAAACCCAAGAAUCCUUCCUUAAGUGAUCUCCACCAGCAAGAGCAAGAAGGCUGGUACCGAGGCCGGUAUAUGGGCGAUGAUGUGAGACCGGUUGAUUCUGCGAACUCGGGGGGCACGGGAGGUUAUGAUGACAGGUUUUAUGCUGUGAAUCGAAGGUCUGUGGGGCAGGCUAUAUAA